AUGCGUAAUUUUUUACGAUCAUUACCGCAUGUUUGGUCGCAAACGGCGGGGUUGAACUAUUUGCUUGUUGCCGUGAGAUACAUGUCCAAUCGGCGCCGUCGGUUGCUCAACGGUACUGACUACCUUAAAAGCAAGUCCGGAUACGCGGGAAGGGUCACAAUGCCCAAUAUGAUGAGGGAGAUGGUGCCCACCAAGGUGCGGUGUGCCCACAUUCUCUUGAAGCACAAGGGAUCGCGCAAUCCGAUCAACAGAAACACCAAUCAGAGGAUCACGCGCACAAAGGAGGAGGCUAUUGCGGAAAUGACGCGGCACCGCGAAGAGAUCAUGGCUGCCGAAAUACGGGACCGUGAGUUCCGGAAGAAGGCCACGAACAUAUCGGAGUGCACAAGUGCUCAGAACGGAGGCGACCUUGGAUUUUUCACCCGCAACGAAAUGCAAGGCCCUUUCUCCACUGCAGCGUUCCUACUUGCUGUCGGCGAGGUCAGCGGCCUAGUGCAUACCGAAUCGGGGAUUCACCUCAUUUACCGGAUAGCAUAA